AUGAACAAACGUGACGCGUCCCCGGACGCACCCCAAAUAGCUUCCAAGCGCGCACGCGCACACACACCACCGCGCGCACCCACCCUCGACUCAUGGCUCAAGCCCGGCGCCGUUGCCCCGCUCCUCGCCUCGUCGCCGCACCUGCACGCCAGCAGCUCGACGUUUAUCUCAUUCACGCUGUCCUUUGUGCCUCCCGCGCACGUCCGGAGUCCCGCCGCGCUGACCAAGGAAGCCAAGCGCGUGGUGCGGGAGCUGGACGUGGUCCGGCUCGUGGGUGGGGAGCUGCUGGAGCGCAAUGACGGCGCGUUCCAGAAUGGCGAGGGCCGCGCGCCGAGUCGCGGUAAGGGCAAAGAGAGGGCUCGCGAGCCCGACCACAGGAUGUGGGCCGUGAGGACGCUGGCCCUGGUGGAAGGUAAAGAUGGGACUGGGGGUGCGGAAGACUACCAGUUGCUCGAAGCGUUCGACGACGAUGGUGAAAAGUACGGCGGAGAGCGUGUCCUCCGCGUCCUCAAGGAUCAGGGGGCCGUGGACGUGCUCACCAUCUGUUGUCGCUGGUUUGGCGGCGACAUGCUCGGCCCCUCCCGUUUUCACCACAUUGGCAUCACGGCGCAACACUCCGCCACCGAGCUCCUCGCCCUCGUCGCGCGCCGAGACCUGCGUGCCGAGCUGGCCCGGCUGGACAAGGACAUUGACGGAAUGCGCACGACACUGGCUGCGGCGGCGGGCGCGGCGAGCUCACAGCCACAGUCCCAGCCACAGCCCUCUGCGAGCGCUGCCAAGUACGACGACAUUGACGAUGUCGCACGCCUCGAAAGGCUCGUGGCGGCCAAGGAGAAGACGCGGUCCAACCUCGAGAGCCGCGUUGGGUGGGCGGCGAUGGAUCAGGCGGGCGCGGAGAUUGUAUACUUGGUCGUAGAGUGUGGCAAGCAGGCGUCGCUGAUAACUGACGUCUGUGUGGCGAAACGAGGUCAGUGGCCGCAGAGCACCGUUGACCCUUCUGGUUGCACCACCAACGACCCUUUCCACCUCCAUCGCGCUCAACACCUCAAUACUCCAGGCGUCCAGGUGUCAAGCACCGCUAAUGACUGUGGUUACGAUGAGAGGUACAUGGCCAAGGCCUAA